AUGCAAAACUUCAAAAAAAAAUGGAAGGAGUUGGUAUACUCUUUCAGCACCGAAGAUCGCUACGCAGAUUACAAUGGAAGGACCGAAGGUUCUGACAACUCAACGCGACCAGCUUCGUCAGUGGCCAAUCCAGCGGCGUCUUCGUCCCAGAUCCAGCUUACAGACUUCACGGACGGACCCGUGGGAGGCACGAACGACGGCGUUAGCGAGACUAUGCUGGCCUGGAGACACAUAGACGCUUGGGCCUCGGAACACCAUUCAGAUCUUUAUGCCACGCUGAGCGAGCCCUGCACGCGAACUGACAUUUCCAGAGCGGAAUCAGACCUCAAUAUCGUGUUUCCGGCUUCCGUGAGAGCCUCGUUUCGUCUCCAUGACGGUCAAGAAGAUUUGGAGUCUCUCACUGGAACUUCAGGCCUACUUUUCGGACUGCAGCUCAUGUCUCUCGAUCAAGUGGUCCACAUGACACAAACCUGGAGAAACGUGGCAGCAAACAUGGCGAAGCACAACAGAGAAACAUCUCCCUCAGCAACGUCGUCCGCUUCAGCUUCGGGAUUAAACGUAGAAGCCCCCAACAAGGCUGCCACACCCCAGGUUCUCAAGUCCAAGGGCUACGGAAAACUUGAGACUCAAGAUUUCCAGGGUAUGAAUCCAACAUUGCAGCGCGAUAUUUCCAACAAUUACAACAAGCAGUUCAAAUUGAACUCCAUCCCGCAGCAAAAUUCCAUUCCUUUAGAGGCUGUUCAAUCGUUAUAUGCCAACCCUGGCUGGAUCCCUUUGGUUACAGACAAUGCAGGUAAUCAUAUCGCGGUGGACUUGGCACCGGGACCCAAGGGACAUUACGGUCAGAUUAUUUUGUUCGGAAGAGAAUUUGACAUCAAGUAUGUGGUGGCCAAUAACUGGGGUGACUUUCUGUUAUCCUUCGCAAACGACCUGGAGAGAGGCAACUGGUACAUUAUGGAUGGUGACGACGAUUAUCUCAGCGGUGCCGGUGAUUUGGUGUUCCGUGACAAGGACGCCGGAAACACUGUUAGAGAUUACUUCGAGGUACUCAAGUGGAGAAGUCACAAAGCGUGGCAAACGCAACAAGAAGAAAAGAAGGUUGCGGCUGAAAUUGGCAGUGUUGGAACAUCAGCAGGUCACAGCAAGGAUCUAACGUCUCAGACCCUCAUCUCGUCCCUUUCUCUGGUCGAACAAGAACCGACAGCUGUGACAGACUCUACGGCGGAAACCGAGGAUAUCAAAGGUGCAGAAAAGAAAACCACGAAGUCAACUGUGCUUGAUUCUUCGGUCAAUUCUACUCAAGCAUCUCUAUCCAGCGAAGAUGCGUCUAAAGACAAACACCCAGCGAAAGACAACACUGAACCUCAAGCUUCAAAGGAUGAGCCCGCCGAUCAGAAGAUUGUGUUGGACACCACGAAGUCAGCAGGAAAUGAACUCCAAAAGGACCAAGAAGAUCAAGAAAGCAAAAACAAUGGCGUGAACGAUGAAAAAUCAGCACAGACCCAAGCACCGGAGGGUCAAGACGCCGCCAAAGACGAUGAUGUACAUGAAUUGAAGGAAGAGUUCGAAAAUGUUGCACUUUAG